CAGCUGAAGUCUGUCUGCGGGAAACGAGGCUCGACGGGAAGUCUCAGGAGUGAAGCAUCAUGGGAGGAAUCAAGCAGGAGCACGCGGACGCUUCCCAGCAGGUCCGGGCUCCGCACGCGCCGGACCAAGCCCAGGAGGAGCCCAAGAAGAGAGGCUGGCCAAAGGGGAAGAAGAGGAAAAAGGUUCUUCCCAACGGUCCGAAGGCGCCCGUAACCGGAUACGUCCGCUUCCUGAAUGAGCGGCGGGAACAGAUGCGGGCUCGGCACCCCGACUUACCGUUCCCAGAAAUCACCAAGAGGCUGGGAGCCGAGUGGACGCAGCUGGCUCCGAACGACAAACAGCGUUACCUGGAUGAAGCGGAGCGGGAGAAGGUGCAGUACGCCCAGGAGCUGAAGGAGUAUCAGCAGACCGAAGCCUUUCAGAUCAGCAGCGCCAAAAUACACGACAAGAAGAUCAAGAAAGAAGACCCUCCGGUCGGCUUCGGUGGCCCAGGAUCCUCUUUGGUGAAGGCUGCCGACAUCCCGAGCCGGUUUGACAUCCCGAUCUUCACAGAGGAGUUCCUUGAUCAGAACAAAGCGCGAGAGGCGGAGCUCCGGCGGCUCCGAAAAGCCAACAUCGAGUUUGAAGAGCAGAACGCGGUUCUGCAGCGACACAUCAAGGACAUGAACAGCGCCAAGGAGCGCCUGGAAGCUGAACUGGGUCAGGACGAGAAGCAGACCCAGGCGCUCCACCAGCACCUGCUGGCCAUCAAACACUCGCUGGUCAGCAGCCUUUCGGCGGUGCCGCUACCAGACACGGGCGAGACGGCGUCUCUGGGUAACCUGGACUCGUACCUGAGUCGUCUGAGCGGCGUUCUGGAGGGAAACCCGCACAAACACCGCGCCCUGGUCAACCAGCUGACUGAAGUGCUCUCGCACAUCGACAGUGAGAAGUUAUGAGCAGAGCCACGCCCCCACGCCAUGAGGUACGCCCCACUCUCCGGAGGGGGGGUCAGGAGGGAAACCUGUUUUUUACUUACGGAUCUGUUUCAUCCCGAACGCGUGUGACAGGAUGAUGUCAUCAGACUGAGCUCCAAUGAGGAGUCAGCUGAGUGACGGCGCAGCAGCCAUGUGGCGAAGGGGUGGGGCUCAGAAGAACGGGAAAAAGGUCCAAUAAAAGUUUGGGUUUCAUGUCUUCCUGGCGGAUUCUGUCGUCGUGACAUGUUCUGGAAACAUUUCUGUUUGUGUUGCUUGAUUUUAUUUGUAGAAAGUCUUUAGAUUCUGUUAAUUAUACCGUUUCCAAACACGAGA